AUGGCGGUGCCGGCUCGGACCUGCGGCGCCUCUCGGCCCGGCCCGGCGCGGACCGCGCUCCGCUGGCCCGACCGCGGCUCGCGGCCCGGCCUCAGCGCCCGGCGGCCGGCGGCCCGGCCCCCGCGCCCGCUGUCGCUGCUACUGCCGCUGCUGCUGCUGCUCCCGCUGCUCGCUGCCCCCGGCGCCUCUGCCUACAGCUUUCCUCAGCAGCACACGAUGCAGCACUGGGCCCGGCGCCUGGAGCAGGAGAUCGAUGGUGUGAUGCGGAUCUUUGGGGGUGUGCAGCAGCUCCGUGAGAUCUACAAAGACAACAGGAAUCUGUUUGAGGUGCAGGAGAAUGAGCCUCAGAAGUUGGUGGAGAAGGUGGCGGGGGACAUCGAGAGCCUGCUGGACAGGAAGGUGCAGGCCCUGAAGAGAUUGGCUGAUGCUGCAGAGAACUUCCAGAAAGCCCACCGCUGGCAGGACAACAUCAAGGAGGAAGACAUCGUGUACUAUGACGCCAAGGCCGACGCUGAGCUGGACGACCCUGAGAGUGAGGAUGUGGAAAGGGGGUCCAAGGCCAGCACCCUACGGCUGGACUUCAUUGAGGACUCAAACUUCAAGAACAAGGUCAACUAUUCAUACACGGCUGUGCAGAUCCCCACGGACAUCUACAAAGGCUCCACCGUCAUCCUCAAUGAGCUCAACUGGACGGAGGCCCUGGAGAAUGUGUUCAUCGAGAACCGCAGGCAGGACCCCACACUCCUGUGGCAGGUCUUCGGCAGUGCCACGGGAGUCACUCGCUACUAUCCAGCCACCCCAUGGCGAGCCCCCAAGAAAAUCGACCUGUACGAUGUCCGGAGGAGACCCUGGUAUAUCCAGGGGGCCUCAUCCCCCAAGGACAUGGUCAUCAUCGUGGAUGUGAGUGGCAGCGUGAGCGGGUUGACCCUGAAGCUGAUGAAGACAUCUGUCUGUGAGAUGCUGGACACGCUCUCCGAUGAUGACUAUGUGAACGUGGCCUCGUUCAACGAAAAGGCACAGCCUGUGUCAUGCUUCACACACCUGGUUCAGGCCAACGUGCGUAACAAGAAGGUGUUCAAGGAAGCUGUGCAGGGCAUGGUGGCCAAGGGCACCACAGGCUACAAGGCCGGCUUUGAGUAUGCCUUCGAUCAGCUGCAGAAUUCCAACAUCACUCGUGCCAACUGCAAUAAGAUGAUCAUGAUGUUCACGGACGGCGGUGAGGACCGCGUACAGGACGUCUUUGAGAAGUACAAUUGGCCCAACCGGACGGUGCGCGUGUUCACUUUCUCCGUGGGGCAGCACAACUACGACGUCACGCCCCUGCAGUGGAUGGCCUGCACCAACAAAGGUUACUAUUUUGAGAUCCCUUCCAUCGGUGCCAUUCGCAUCAACACGCAGGAAUAUCUAGAUGUAUUGGGCAGGCCCAUGGUGCUGGCGGGCAAGGAGGCCAAGCAGGUUCAAUGGACCAACGUAUACGAGGACGCACUGGGGCUGGGGUUGGUGGUGACAGGGACCCUCCCUGUUUUCAACCUGACGCAGGAUGGCCCUGGGGAAAAGAAGAACCAGCUGAUCCUGGGAGUGAUGGGCAUCGACGUGGCUCUGAAUGACAUCAAGAGGCUGACUCCCAACUACACGCUUGGAGCCAACGGCUACGUGUUUGCCAUUGACCUGAAUGGCUACGUGUUGCUGCACCCCAAUCUCAAGCCCCAGACCACCAACUUCCGGGAGCCAGUGACCCUGGACUUCCUGGAUGCAGAGCUGGAGGAUGAGAACAAGGAGGAGAUCCGUCGGAGCAUGAUCGAUGGCAACAAGGGCCACAAACAGAUCAGAACACUGGUCAAGUCCUUGGAUGAGAGGUAUAUAGACGAGGUGAUGCGGAACUACACCUGGGUGCCUAUAAGGAGCACCAACUACAGCCUAGGGCUAGUGCUCCCGCCCUACAGCACCUUCUACCUCCAAGCCAACCUCAGUGACCAGAUCCUGCAGGUCAAGUAUUUUGAGUUCCUGCUCCCCAGCAGCUUUGAGUCUGAAGGACAUGUUUUCAUUGCUCCCAGAGAGUAUUGCAAGGAACUGAAUGCCUCAGACAACAACACCGAGUUCCUGAAGAACUUCAUUGAGCUCAUGGAGAAAGUGACUCCAGACUCCAAGCAGUGCAACAACUUCCUUCUGCACAACCUGAUCUUGGACACGGGCAUCACACAGCAGCUGGUGGAGCGCGUGUGGCGGGACCAGGAUCUCAACACGUACAGCCUUCUGGCCGUGUUCGCCGCCACUGAUGGCGGCAUCACUCGCGUAUUCCCCAACAAGGCAGCUGAGGACUGGACAGAGACCCCUGAGCCCUUCAAUGCCAGCUUCUACCGCCGCAGCCUGGAUAACCAUGGCUAUGUCUUCAAGCCCCCACAGCAGGAUGCCCGGUUAAGGCCGCUGGAGCUGGAGAAUGACACGGUGGGCAUCCUCGUCAGCACGGCUGUGGAGCUCAGCCUAGGUGGACGCACACUGAGGCCAGCAGUGGUAGGCGUUAAGCUGGACCUGGAGGCCUGGGCUGAGAAGUUCAAGGUGCUAGCCAGCAACCGUACCCACCAGGACCAGCCUCAGAAGCAGUGCGGCCCCAACAGCCACUGUGAGAUGGACUGCGAAGUUAACAACGAGGACCUGCUCUGUGUCCUCAUCGAUGAUGGGGGGUUCCUGGUGCUGUCAAACCAGAACCAUCAGUGGGACCAGGUGGGCAGAUUCUUCAGUGAGGUGGAUGCCAACCUGAUGCUGGCACUCUACAAUAACUCCUUCUACACCCGCAAGGAGUCCUACGACUAUCAGGCGGCCUGUGCCCCCCUGCCCCCGGGCAACCUGGGUGCCGCACCCCGGGGCAUCUUUGUGCCCACCAUUGCAGACUUCCUUAACCUAGCCUGGUGGACCUCUGCUGCGGCUUGGUCUUUGUUCCAGCAACUUCUCUAUGGUCUCAUCUACCACAGCUGGUUCCAGGCAGACCCCGCAGAGGCCGAGGGGAACCCCGAGGUGCGCGAGAGCAGCUGCGUCAUGAAACAGACCCAGUACUACUUCGGUUCGGUGAACGCCUCCUACAACGCUAUCAUCGACUGCGGAAACUGCUCCAGGCUCUUCCACGCGCAGAGACUCACCAACACCAAUCUUCUCUUCGUGGUGGCCGAGAAGCCGCUGUGCAGCCAGUGUGAGGCUGGCCGGCUGCUGCAGAAGGAGACACACUGUAUCCUUCCCGCGCUGCUCCCCGGCCCCUCCCGCCCAGCGCGUUCCCUCCGUGCCGCCGCCCCCUUGACUCCCCACCCAUGCCCAGCGGACGGCCCGGAGCAGUGUGAACUGGUGCAGAGACCGCGAUACCGGAGAGGCCCACACAUCUGCUUCGACUACAACGCCACGGAAGAUACCUCAGACUGCGGCCGCGGAGCCUCUUUCCCACCGUCGUUGGGCGUCCUGGUGUCCCUGCAGCUGCUGCUCCUCCUGAGCCUGCCUCCCCGGCCGCAGCCUCAAGUCCACGCCCACCCUUCUCGCCGCCUCUGAGUGCCCCCUCCCCCCACCAGGCCUCCCCGCCGCUCCCCUGCUCCCUCGCCCCACACUUCCCGCCUUAGAGCCUCGCGCCCCUCCCACUGAAGGACCUGAGUGCGCCUGGCCCCGAGAAUCUGCGCCUUGGAGUGGGGGGGGGGGCGGUCCCGAAGGAGGGCGCCGCAGGUCUUUGGCCCCCAAGCCACGUCUGGCUGCUGAACUGUCAGAGUGUCCCCAGACCCCUCAUUCCCACUGGACUCACCCACCCCGGAGGGCUGGGCCAGGGAGGCCACAGUACUGGUGCCAAACCAGGCCUCCACUGCUCGCCCUGCCCCGAGGCUCCCUUUGUGUGGGAGACCUAGGCCUUGCCCCAGCUGGACUCCUCUAACCUGGCCCUUCUGCCCCACCCAGGACUAAAUCUGGAAAUAAUGGAGGAAAUUGAGAUGGGCAGUUCGAGGCCUGUGCAUCCCAGCUUAAGUCCUGGCAGGAGAGAGGUCCUGGGGCAGCCCCCAAUGAGCUCCUGCCUCUCUCAGGCCUACAGCCGCCUCUCCCUCCCCAAGCCCGGCAGGUGGCAGGACAGUGACAGUGACACCGGCUAAGACUCAACCCCAUACACACCUGGAGCCCUGAGGGCAGAAACUGGACUCGGACAUACCCAGGAGGGCACACACACAAACACAGAUGUGCACAGACACACACACCCUGGGGUGGGGUGAGG